AUUGCGCGUCACAUCUUUGUCAGUGAACAAAAUGGCAACCUACUGCUUAACUGUCAGCCGGCUUCAGCUUGCUCUGGGGCAGGGUGCCCGCCGCCUGCAUGUGACUGCAGCCCUCAGCGCGAAGGCCAAUGUGUCUAUGAGCCGCUUUGAGCCGGGCAACCACAUCAACUAUGCGAAACUCGGGGCCAACAUCGACAUUGUGCGCAAAAGGCUCAACAGGCCUCUCACACUGUCCGAGAAGAUUGUGUACGGUCACCUGGAUGACCCCCACGGGCAGGACAUUGACAGGGGCCGCACGUACCUGCGUCUGCGCCCUGACCGCGUGGCCAUGCAGGACGCCACGGCCCAGAUGGCCAUGCUGCAGUUCAUCAGCAGCGGCCUGCCCAGGGUUGCCGUCCCCUCCACCAUCCACUGUGACCAUCUCAUCGAGGCCCAGACUGGUGGAGCCCAGGAUCUGAAAAGGGCAAAGGAAAUUAACGAGGAGGUUUACAACUUCCUUUCCAGUGCUGGUGCCAAAUAUGGCGUCGGGUUCUGGAAACCAGGCUCGGGGAUCAUCCAUCAGAUCAUCCUGGAGAACUACGCCUAUCCUGGAGUCAUGCUGAUCGGUACCGAUUCUCAUACGCCAAACGGUGGCGGCCUCGGCUCCAUCUGCAUCGGCGUGGGUGGUGCCGACGCCGUGGACGUCAUGGCUGGCAUCCCCUGGGAGCUGAAGUGCCCUAAUGUGAUUGGUGUGAAGCUGACUGGCAGCCUAUCUGGCUGGACAUCGCCCAAAGACGUUAUUCUGAAGGUGGCAGGCAUCCUGACUGUAAAGGGCGGCACUGGUGCUAUUGUUGAGUACCACGGACCUGGUGUUGAUUCCGUCUCUUGCACAGGAAUGGCAACAAUCUGUAACAUGGGAGCUGAGAUUGGCGCCACUACGUCUGUUUUCCCCUACAACCACCGCAUGAGGACCUAUCUGGAGAAAACUGGACGUUCAGAUAUUGCUGCUCUGGCUGAUGAGUACAAGGACCUGUUGGUACCCGAUGAAGGCUGUCAAUAUGACCAGGUUGUUGAAAUCAACCUGAGCGAGCUAAAACCCCACAUCAAUGGACCUUUCACCCCUGACCUGGCCCACCCUGUGUCCGACAUCGGCAAGACCGCAAAAGACAGCGGAUGGCCUCUGGAGGUCAAAGUGGGCUUGAUUGGCAGCUGCACUAACUCCAGUUAUGAGGACAUGGGCAGAGCUGCCUCCCUGGCCAAGCAGGCUUUGGACCACGGCCUUAAGUGCAAGGCCCAGUUCACAGUCACCCCCGGGUCUGAACAGAUCCGCGCCACCAUUGAGAGAGACGGUUAUUCCAAGAUCCUCAGCGAGGUUGGAGGUGUGGUACUUGCAAAUGCCUGUGGACCCUGCAUUGGCCAGUGGGACAGGCGUGAUACAAAGAAGGGAGAGAAGAACACCAUCGUCACAUCCUUCAACCGUAACUUCACUGCCAGAAACGACGCCAACCCUGCUACCCAUGCUUUUGUUACCUCCCCUGAGAUCGUCACAGCCAUGGCCAUCGCUGGCAGGCUUGACUUCAAUCCCGAGACGGACUUCCUCACCGCGGCGAACGGCGAGAAGUUCAAGCUCCAGCCCCCCAGCGGCGACGAGCUGCCCGCCCGCGACUUCGACCCCGGCGAGGACACCUACCAGCACCCACCACCAGACGGCUCCAGCCUCAAGGUGGACGUCAACCCCCAGAGCAACCGCCUGCAGCUGCUGGAGCCCUUUGACAAGUGGAGCGGCUCGGACUUGCAGGAGCUGCAAGUGCUCAUCAAGGUGAAGGGCAAGUGCACCACAGAUCACAUCAGCGCCGCUGGGCCCUGGCUCAAAUUCCGUGGUCACCUUGACAACAUCUCCAACAACAUGCUCAUCGGUGCCGUCAACACCGAGAACGACGCCAUCAACAAGAUCAAGAACCAGCUGACCGGAGAGUAUGGCGGCGUUCCUGAUGUGGCUCGCCACUACAAGAAGAAUGGUAUGUCCUGGGUUGUGGUUGGAGACGAGAACUACGGCGAGGGCUCAAGCAGAGAGCACGCCGCCCUGGAGCCACGUCACUUGGGAGGAAGGGUCAUCAUCGUCAAGAGCUUUGCUAGGAUUCAUGAGACAAAUCUGAAGAAGCAGGGCCUGCUGCCUCUCACUUUUGACAACCCUGCUGACUACGACAAAAUUCGCCCAGAUGACAAGAUCUCCAUUGUAGGCCUCAAGGACUUUAUUCCAGGAAAGGCUUUGCAGGCUGUCAUCAAGCACAGCGAUGGCAGCAAGGACACCAUCACCCUCAACCACACCUUCAACGAGACGCAGAUCGACUGGUUCAAGGCCGGCAGCGCCCUCAACAGGAUGAAGCAAUUGCAGUGAGGGGUGAUGGACCUGCCACAGAUGGGAGAGGUUAUAUUCAGGGGAGCAGAAAGUGGGAGAUGUCUUUUGAAUAGUCCAGAGGGGUUUAGCCGUUCUUGUUAUAAAACAAAACUGGAUGUAAGCAAGGGAUAAGUUGCCCCCCCCACACCCACCCCCUUUCAAUAGACAUAAUCUGUUAACCACACCACCAUGAUUACAUGAGCCCAUUUUCAGAUGUACAGGGAGGUCACUCACAAACACCUGCAUUUGCACAGGACACAGCAAGAGUAUUGCAGCGCAGCUGGAGGUGUGACCCACACGGUCACAGGACUGGUUACUUAAAUGCAGUCAGGCAAACUUCUCUUUGCUACUUGUCGAUGGUUAAGUUGAAUGAAAUUUUUGACUGACAGGUGCCGCUCUGUAUUUAUUUCACAAAGGGAAGCUCUUAGCAGAGCAAAAAAAGUAGACAUAUGUACACAUGCAUUACUGUCAUUGGUUUUUAAACUGGUCUUCUUUUUUUUGCCUAAAAAAAAUGCUACUCCUUUGUCAGUUUUGAAGUUGUCACCUGUGGCUUUUUAAAUGUCCUGGGCCUGCUAUUAGUGCUGUCUCAAUACUGUGCUGCAAUGGGCUCUGCAUGCAAUUUCUGUGAUUUAAUGAGUUUUGAUGACCAGUUUGGGUAUUUCAUUCUCCUGUCCACUGGUUUCUUGACCUAAGCAAAUGCCCUUUUGAUACAGCAGGUAGUCCUGAUUGCAAGUUGUUGGUCGAUUGUUGGACCCGUUUAAAGUAUGAAAGGAUUCUCUGGUUGUUUUCUGCUGUAAUGGCACACACUGUGUAUUCAUGAUGGUCACAUUCAUUUUGUACAUUAAUAUAAUUUCUCUGAACUGUUGACAGAACUCCUCUCCCACUAGUACUAGUACCACUACUGCUUGCCACCUCCACCAAUAUCGCAGCCAGUCCCCUAAAUGUUCACCACCCACACUGAAUGCCUCACAGGUCAAAGCUUCCACUAUUUUAAGAGUAUUUAUUUAUAUUUUCCAAAAACUCCAGAUGUGCAUUAACCAAGUUGGAACACAAUGGUCCUGUCAUGUAACGAUCAUGGCUCAGUGCUAUCAGAGCCACGGUUGGACGUCCAAACUUUCAUGUCUGCCCUUUUUACACCCUUUUUUGUGGGGUGGUGUAUUUCCUCAUUUUGUUUUUGUCAUAGAGCUAAACCCAUGAUUAAGCGGGUGACCUCUCUUACUGGUCUGCAGUAGGAGAUGCCACCUGCCUCUCCCAUUGGCCAACAGUGAUUUGUACACACAGUUAAGAACAAAACUCGCUUAAAUAGCCCAAACUGUUUCCAAUUUCAGUUCCACCUCAAAAUGAAAUUACCUCAAAAUGAAAACCCUGUGAUGAAACUAAGUAAAAUACAUAGAAUCAUACAAUCCUGGUACUCUAUGAGCCUGCCCAACUAUGCGUAUGGAGCAGUGAUAGCCUCUCUUUAUAUGUAUCUUAGUCAUUCACUCUCUGACUCCCCAAUACACUCCGCGUUAAACUCUGACUGUAUUUGGUUAACUUUUCUCCCUCUGUUCACAAUGGACAUUGUGUCUGGUUCCAUGUAUAUUGAAACAUUUCUCUCUUUUUUCCCCUGUCUGAUUUUUUUUGUUUUGCAUUGAAUGGCCAAAUGUGGUCUGGCAGACCACUGGGUUGUCAUAAAUUUAAUUUUAGAAAGAACAGUGAUGUCAGUGUGUGGUCUGUUCUUCACAGUGUGGUUAGGCCUGAAUGGGAAUAACUGUUCAAGGGUUGAGGGCUUGGCUAAAGUCUGAUUUUUACCUUUUAGAAUUCUGUAUGUAAACACGCACAAUCAGUAGCCUAGCCCUAACAUCAAGGCUACAAUAUCACUUAAAAGAUUUGGUCUAAAAACAUCUGAAGUUAACCUUGAACAAGAUGAUUUAAAAUCUUCCGGGACAGAAGUUGUUAUUUAGCUUGAAUGAAUUGAAUGCAUCCGGUUUUACUUAAAUUGCAAAUAUGUAAUGUUGGCUGACUGUGCAACUUGUAUAUAAAGUCAGAGUGUCUUGUUGCCA